UUACAGAGUAGUCAGACUCUUACAGAUUCUUAAGGAGAUCUGAAGAUGACAUGAUCAUGUAAGGGAACGUGUGAGCUCGUCUUGGAUUACAUUUACUGUCAACUCAGAAUGGGAGUACUCAGCAGAUGAUCUGUGAUGUUUCAAUAACAACAUUAAGCACCCUUUUGUCAGCGUUGACAUGUACUACAGAUAGAACAACAUCCAGUCUUGAAGACUGUUUUCCACCAUGAGAGACCGCUUAGAGGAACUCCUGCAGAGGGCUCAGGAGUUUUCAGAGGAAGCAAGUGAGAACACCAGCCCAUUUUCAGCAGAAGGUGAUAAUGAUGACUCUGUGGCGACCGGGGUCAUAACGCCACAGGCCGUGGUGUUCGAGGAGGAACCAAUCAUUGAGAAUUUCCUGUCCGAGGCUCAGCAAAUCCGAGAUGAUAUCACAGUGCUGGAAACAGAGGUCCUUAAGUUUGGCCAGCAGCAAAAGUCCCUGGUUGCAACCAUGCGUCGUUUCAGUGUGAUGAAGAAAGAGAGCAGUAUAACCCGGGACAUUAAGCUCCAGGCUGAAAGCCUCCAUCGACGCUUAGAAGCCCUUUCAAAACAAGUCCAAAGGACUGAGGAGCAGCAGGGACCUACUGCUGCUACAACACGGAUACAACGCUCCCAGCAUGCAGCGCUAUACCGCAAAUUUCAACAGGUAAUGCUGCAGUACAAUGAAGGUCUGCUGAGCAAGCAGGAACGCUGUAAGCACUUCAUUAUUCGGCAGAUGGAGGUAUCGGGGAGGGAUGUGACGGAGGAGGAGGUGAAUGAGAUGGUGGACACAGGAAAAUGGGACGUCUUCAAUGAGAACCUGCUGAAUGAUGCCAAAAUCACACGAUCACAACUGUCUGAGAUUGAACAGCGACACAAGGAGUUGUUAAGCCUGGAGAACAACAUAAAGGAGCUGAGAGACCUGUUCAUGGACAUAUUCAUGCUGGUGGAGGAGCAGGGGGCCCACAUUGAUCAUAUUCAGACCAAUGUGGAGAGGACACAGGAUUAUGUGGCUGCCUCUAAUGAGAAGUUCAAGUUGGCUGCCAGGUACAAGAAGAAGAACCCACUACGACAGCUGUGCUGCUGCUGCUGUCCUCCAUGGAAAUGUUGCUUGUAAAGAGUAUGCUUUUUUUUUUUUUUUUUUUUUACCUCAAUG